GUUUUCUAUUUAUAAAUUUAUUCUAUACAUUCAAGAAUUUCCCCUGAUUUGUUCAUUGAUUGAGUUCUUGUUUGUGUAUGUGGAGGAGUUUAUAGCCUAGUUGUGUCAGUGAUGGGAGAUGUGUUUGUGUGAUAAGGCCCCAGUGCAGGUACAGGUGUGCCUAGGAUUGGGACUCUUGGGAUGGCUAAUGGAGAUGCAUGAUGGGUAGUCAUAUAGGCAUAGAGGCCAGUCAUGGGGACGUGGGAUUGAUUGGUAAAGAGCGAGGACCAUUAGGGUAGAGGAAUUGAAGACUCUGUGAUCAUGUAUUGUAGGAUGAGGGAUGCAGGGCUCAUGGGCAGCAAGGCAUGGAAAUCAGUGAAUCUGAGGUUUCAGUAAUGGCUUCUGGGAGUAGAGUCUCUGGGCACCAGUUGACAAUUACAGCAGAUUGAAGAGUGAUAGUGAGGAGUCAGGUACCACAGUUGAUGAUAACUUGAAGGGCCUGUGAAAUCAGAUAGUAUAAUAAUGUAAUAGAACAGUAUAUCCUUUGGAUAUUUUAUAAAGUAUUUAAGCAAUCCACAAUUAUUGAGUAUCUAAAUAUUUCUAACCUUUCUUUUUUAUUAACCAUGUUAUGGUAAAACUUUUGUACUUAAAUCUUUGUACAAUAUGGGAUGGGAUGAUAUUUUAAUGUGGUAGUUCCAGAAAUAAAUUUUUGAGUAAGGUGCAAGGGCACUAAAUGAUGUAUGUGUCCAUGUGUGACAUUGGCACAGUUCCUUCUCUCAUGGGUACCUCUACCCAUCUGUUUUCUCAGAUCUCUGCCCCUUUGUCCGAAGAGCCAAAAAUGACCAAGUCCCUGGAAUCAGUGUCAUUCAAGGACAUAACUGUAGACUUCAGUAGGGAUGAGUGGCAACAAUUAGACCUUGCUCAGAAAAGCCUAUACAGAGAAGUGAUGCUGGAAAACUAUUUCAACUUGAUCUCAGUGGGAUGUCAAGUUCCCAAACCAGAAGUCAUCUUCAGCUUGGAACAAGAAGAGCCAUGUAUGUUGGAUGGUGAGAUCCCCAGUCAGAGCCGUCUAGAUGGGGACAUUGGUUUUGGACCUUUGCAACAGAGGAUGUCUGAAGAAGUUUCUUUCCAGUCUGAGAUUAAUAUUAAUCUCUUCACAAGAGAUGACCCAUAUUCCAUUUUAGAAGAAUUGUGGAAAGACGAUGAACACACAAGAAAAUGUGGAGAAAACCAGAACAAACCUUUAAGUCAUACUGCCUUCAUUAACAAGAAAACACUAGCUAAUGACAACAUCUUUGAAUAUAAGGACAUUGGGGAAAUAGUUCAUGUAAACACACACCUGGUUUCCUCAAGAAAAAGACCCUAUAACUGUAACUCAUGUGGAAAGAAUUUGGAGCCUAUCGUAACCUUAUAUAAUAGAAACAAUGCAACAGAAAAUUCUGAUAAGACUAUUGGAGAUGGUGAUAUUUUCACUCAUAUGAAUUCUCAUACAGAAGUGACUGCUUGUGAAUGUAACCAACGUGGGAAACCUCUGCAUCAUAAGCAAGCUCUCAUUCAACAUCAGAAAAUUCAUACUAGAGAGUGCCUCUAUUUGUUUUCUGACUAUGUAAAUGUUUUCUCCCCGAAGUCACAUGCCUUUGCACAUGAGAGUAUUUCUGCUGAAGAAAAGCAGCAUGAAUGCCAUGAACGUGAGGCAGCCUUCACUCAGAAGUCCCAGCUUGAUGGCCGUCAGAGGGUUUAUGCAGGAAUAUGCACUGAAUAUGAGAAGGAUUUUUCCCUCAAGUCAAACCGUCAGAAAACUCCUUAUGAGGGGAAUUACUAUAAAUGCAGUGACUUUGGAAGAGCCUUUAUCCAGAAGUCUAAUCUGUUCAGAUGCCAGAGAAUUCAUUCUGGAGAAAAACCUUAUGAAUACAGUGAAUGUGAGAAAAACCUCCCUCAGAAUUCAAACCUUAAUAUACAUAAAAAAAUUCAUACUGUAGGGAAACACUUUGAAUGUAGUGAAUGUGGAAAAGCUUUCACAAGGAAAUCAACACUAAGUAUGCAUCAGAAAAUCCAUACAGGAGAAAAACCCUAUGUAUGUACUGAAUGUGGGAAGGCCUUUAUCCGGAAGUCACAUUUUAUCACACAUGAAAGAAUUCAUACUGGAGAAAAACCCUAUGAAUGCAGUGACUGUGGGAAAUCCUUUAUUAAAAAAUCACAACUCCAUGUGCAUCAGCGAAUUCACACAGGAGAGAAUCCCUUUAUAUGUUCAGAAUGUGGGAAGGUCUUCACUCACAAGACAAAUCUCAUUAUACACCAGAAAAUUCAUACAGGAGAAAGACCCUAUAUAUGUACUGUAUGUGGUAAGGCUUUUACUGACAGGUCAAAUCUCAUUAAGCACCAAAAAAUUCAUACUGGGGAGAAACCAUAUAAAUGCAGUGACUGUGGAAAAUCAUUCACCUGGAAGUCACGGCUCAGGAUACACCAGAAGUGUCAUACUGGAGAGAGACAUUAUGAAUGCAGUGAAUGUGGGAAAGCAUUCAUUCAGAAGUCAACACUAAGUAUGCACCAGAGAAUUCAUAGAGGGGAAAAACCAUAUGUUUGCACUGAAUGUGGUAAGGCCUUCUUCCACAAAUCCCAUUUUAUUACACAUGGGAGAAUUCAUACUGGAGAGAAACCCUAUGAAUGCAGUAUUUGUGGGAAAUCCUUCACUAAGAAAUCACAGCUCCACGUACAUCAGCAGAUUCACACAGGAGAGAAACCCUAUAGAUGUGCUGAAUGUGGAAAGGCUUUUACUGACAGAUCAAAUCUCUUUACACACCAGAAAAUUCACACUGGAGAGAAACCUUAUAAAUGUAGUGACUGUGGGAAAGCCUUCACUAGGAAGUCAGGUCUCCAUAUACAUCAGCAAUCCCAUACUGGAGAAAGGCAUUAUGAGUGCAGUGAAUGUGGGAAAGCCUUUGCAAGAAAAUCAACACUAAUUAUGCAUCAGAGAAUUCAUACAGGAGAGAAACCCUAUAUUUGUACUGAAUGUGGGAAAUCCUUCAUCCAGAAGUCACACUUAAAUAGACACAGGAGAAUUCAUACUGGAGAGAAACCCUAUGAAUGCAGUGACUGUGGGAAGUCUUUCAUUAAGAAAUCACAACUCCAUGAGCAUCAUCGAAUUCACACAGGAGAGAAACCAUAUAUAUGUGCUGAGUGUGGAAAGGCCUUCACCAUCAGAUCAAAUCUUAUUAAACACCAGAAAAUUCAUACUAAACAGAAACCCUAUAAGUGCAGUGACUUGGGGAAAGCCUUAAACUGGAAGCCACAACUCAGUAUGCCUCAGAAAUCUGACACUGGGGAAGUAGAGUGCUCCAUGCCACAAUUGUGGUGUGGGGACUCAGAAGGUGACCAAGGCCAACUUUCUUCUAUCUAGUUAGAAUUAUGAACAUCUGGAUCAUAUAGCUGAUGUGUAGUUACGCAUAUGGGGAGACACUUUUGAGAGUGUUUAAGCACUGUAUAGUGGCCAUCUUUGGUUACUUGAUGUUGGUGUUGUCAAGCUCCUGCAAAUAAUAGUAAAUGUGCAAGGAGA